UGUUUGUGCGGCUCACUCUUUUCCUUCCAAGCCCUUUAGCUUAAUCGGUCUCCCCUUCUUCUUGGACCCUACAGACCUCACAGGACCCAGGGCCACAUCAUGUUUCCACGUGCUUUGGUGCUGCUCCUGCUAUGUAUCUCCACAGUCUUGGCUGCCACCCUUAUCCAGGCUUCUGAUGAUGCAGCUGCGGUGGAUUCUCCAGCUGACGGGUCUGUUUUACCUGAAGCGCAGGCUGGUGAAACCCCAGAUGUUCCUGCUAAUGGGGAGAACCAGGCAGAAAACAUCUUGAUGGCAGAUGCCCCUGUUGAGGGAAAACCUGCAGAGACCCAGAGCUCCACUCAAGAAUCUGAGGAAGAGUUGGACUGGGGUUUCGGUUCUAUCAGAGGGAGUUUCCAGGCAGUGAAUGGCUAUUUUGACUCCUUACUGGAGCUGAUGGGAGGUCGGGAUGGUGUAUGUCAGUACCGCUGUAGAUAUGGUAAAGCUCCUCAGCCUCGUGCUGGCUAUCAAAUGCCAGAGCCUGAUGGUUGUAGCACCUCACUGCUUGGAUUCCAGGUACCUAACAGUUUUGAUAUGGGUGUCCCAGCCAUGACCAAAUGUUGUAAUCAGCUAGACAUUUGCUAUGAAACCUGUGGCUCUAACAAGUACCGCUGUGACACCAAAUUCCGCUGGUGCCUCCACGGCAUCUGUGGUGACCUGAAGAAGAGUCUGGGCCUCAUGUCAAAAGUCGAAGCCUGUGAGACCUUUGCGGACACCAUGUAUAACACCGUGUGGACUUUGGGCUGCAGGCCCUUCAUGAACGGCCAGAGGGCAUCCUGCUAUUGUGAAGGAGAAGAGAAGGAUGAACUGUGAAGACCUACAAACCACAAAAAACACACCACCUUCAACACAUAUAAACAUUUUACAAGUUCAAACUACUCCACACUAGGGGUCAGUAUUAGGAUGAAUGUCAUUAAGACACACCCUGGUCACAUUUCACCACAAAAAAAAAAGAAACAAUUCAGCAGAUUUACUGCAAUGCACAACAGUGGUGGUUGUUAUUGGAUUCUCAUUAGUUUAAUAAAGUUAUUUUAUUUAGCAUUAUUAUUAUUAUUUUUUAAUAACUGUUAUCAGCAUACAUUAAAUGUGGUAAAUGACAUGAUACUGCAGUGUAUACAUGCUAUUAAUUUACAUUUACCAAUUUAAAUAAAAUAUUUAUUUUAUUUGCAUUGCAGCAAAAGAGAUUUUUUGCAUAAUCACAAUGACAAUGUUGUAGAAAUUAGACGAAUCUUCCUAAAAAAAUGUCACACAAAGCAAGUAAGCAAAUAAACAAACAACUGUACUGAUCCCAAAAA